CUUCUUCACCAAAUCAAAAUCAACAAGUAAUUUCAGAGAAAAACAAUGGCGGGGAUAAUUAAGAACAUUCAAGAGACUCUUCAUUUGGGAGGAAGCAAAGAAGGCGAGCACAAGAAAGCCGAGCAGUCUCAUGACGUCAAAGGUCACGGCGGUGUUGCUCCGGUGGUGCACAAACCAGAAGGCGAACACAAGGAAGGGUUCAUGGAGAAGAUAAAGGACAAGAUCCACGGCGGUGAGGGUACUACUGAAACCGGUGAGAAGAAGAAGAAGGAGAAGAAGAAGAAGAAGCAUGAAGACGGCCGUGAUCACGGUGACAGUAGCAGCAGCAGCGACAGUGAUUAGAUCUAACUCCGUCUCCAAUUAUGUAGGUGUGAGUGAUUAUGUCUAUUUUCUGAGGGUAUGAUGAGUACUGCAGAAAUUUGAUGUAUUGUGUUAAUUUGGUGUAUGUGAUGUAUGCAGUGAGUGAAUGUAAAUCCAGAUCAUAUAUUAUAAUAAAGGUUGAUUAUGUUUGCUUUUUA